UCUCUCUCUAUCUCUCCGAAAUUUCAAAAUUUAGAUUUCAGUAUUUAGAUGCCUUCCAAAUUCUGCAUAUAAUCUGAUACGUCAUUUUCAUAAAUCCCUGUCCGAAUCAUUCUCAUAAAUCUGCACCUCCAAUAUCUCGCCCAAAUCAUUGCUCUGGUCUUUUCGCGGUCUCCUCUCUGCUGAUUCGGAAUCGGAGAUGGAGGGUUUGCCGACGACGACGAAAUCAGAUCGGCGAUGGCGAUCGAAGCCCCUGCAGACCUCCAAGCCAUCCAUUCUCAUGGCAUUCUUCUCCUGCGUCGCUUGGCUCUACGUCGCCGGCCGGUUGUGGCAGGAUGCGGAGAACAGAACAGUGCUUUCUAAUCUUCUAAAGAAGAACUUGGGCCAGAGACCAAAGGUUCUUACGGUAGAAGACAAGUUAGCAGUGCUUGGAUGCAAGGACCUGGAGAGGAGGAUUGUGGAAGCUGAGAUGGACUUGACACUGGCCAAGAGUCAAGGGUACCUCAAGAACCACUUGCAACAAAAGGCGUCUUCUUCUGGCCGAUUGCUUGCUGUUGUUGGAGUUUAUACUGGAUUUGGUAGUCAUUUAAACCGAAAUAUGUUUAGAGGGUCUUGGAUGCCUAAAGGUGAUGCUUUGAGGAAGCUAGAAGAAAGAGGAGUAGUUAUACGCUUUGUAAUUGGUCGGAGUGCCAAUCGGGGUGAUAGCUUAGAUCGGAAUAUUGAUAAGGAAAGUGGUUCGACAAAGGAUUUCUUAAUUCUUGAAGGUCAUGAGGAGGCUCAGGAAGAGAUGCCCAAGAAAGCAAAGUUCUUCUUCAGUACUGCGGUUCAGAAUUGGGAUGCUGAGUUUUAUGUCAAAGUUGAUGACAAUAUCAAUCUUGAUCUUGAGGGGCUAAUUGGACUUCUUGAACAUCGUCGUGCUCAAGAUGGUGCUUAUAUCGGAUGCAUGAAGUCAGGAGAUGUGAUUUCUGAAGAGGGAAAGUCUUGGUAUGAACCUGACUGGUGGAAAUUUGGGGAUCAGAAAUCGUACUUCCGACAUGCAGGUGGUUCCCUCAUUAUACUAUCCAAGAACUUAGCUCAGUAUAUAAACAUAAACAGUGCAUCAUUGAAGACUUAUGCUCAUGAUGAUGUAUCAGUGGGUUCAUGGAUGAUGGGUAUCCAAGCCACUUAUAUAGAUGACAACCGCCUUUGCUGCGGUAGCAUUAGACAAGAUAAGGUGUGUUCUUUGGCUUGAUCAAAGCGGAUAUAAAUCUUUCGGUAGAAGACAAACCUGAUCUGGACAUGCAAUUUUUACUUGACCAUGAGAAGGGUGUUUGAAUCAUCAUGUUCAUACUUAUGUUCAACUGAGGGUGCUGCGAGGGUCGCAGAGGACGUGCAGAAUCAUUCGUUUUAUGUGUGAAGAUCGGCUGGAAUUUUUAAACUGCCCACUGCAGUGGGAAAUAGCUGUUGAAUGUGAGUGAUAGCAUGGACACCUUGUAGGAUGAACUUUAUGCGUUCUUUACUCAGUGAAUAAUAUUAUAGCUUCACCGUUCUUGAAUUUGUACUUGAAAUUCACAACGUUGAUAAAGCUAUAAAAAUUGGGAACCGCCUCGCGGCGAAAACUUUGUUGAAUGAAUGCUCAAUCGUACAAUUCACAUU